AUGGAGACGCGCCUCGGCCACUGCCUUUUUAUCAUUUUCUCUGAGUGGAUUUGGCUCUUGACCACAACUUCCAUCCUGGGCGGAACAAAAGCGGAGGUAAGGUGCAUUCCCUCGUGCCAGCUACCGCUCAUCGCAGCAUUUCCCCGGGAACUCUCGGCGCUGGAUUUGUCUAAUUUUGGCGACGCACCAGCUGAAGAAUUUGUUGGAUAUACCGAGGGGUCACCCACAGACGAGAAGCACAACGUUGCGGAAUUAACCGCGAGCGAAGAAAGUUCGCACAAAGUACAGCCACGGUCAGGGGAGAAUGACACAAAUUGUCUGCAGAAGGACGCCGUGAACGGUCACCAAAAACUUUCCCAUCCUGAAGUGUUUGCUCAAAGUGCGUCUGACCCCUCUGCCAGUAACAAAACCGAGAAUGGCACCGGUGAUGGAAACAGUUUUUACGCGAAAAACGGCGAUGUGGUGGUAAACGAGGACGGGAAUGUGGCCAGCUGGAGACGAACGCGAGGUGCGAGGAGCGCAGAGACUUGGUCCGGAUUCAGACCCGAGGGCGGGGAGGACGCCUUGGUUUCGGACCAGGAGGAGUUUCAGCUCACAAGUUCGACAUUUGCAGUCACCGAGGACACGGCUCACAACCAGGCGAUGGUGCACUGGUCCGGACAGAACAGCAGCGUGAUUCUCAUGCUGACAAAAUACUACGACUUCAACUCUGGCAGAGUAACGGAGAGUUCUUUAUGGAGGUCAACUGAUUACGGGACCACGUAUGAAAAACUUAAUGAGAAAGUCGGGAUGAAAACCAUUCUGAGCUACUUGUAUGUGAGUCCGAACAACAAAAGGAAGAUCAUGUUGCUGACCGACCCAGAGGUGGAGAGCAGCCUGCUCAUUAGCCUUGACGAGGGGGCGUCCUAUCAGAAACACAGCUUAGCCUUUGAUAUCCUCAGCCUGCUUUUUCACCCUGAGCAGGAGGACUGGAUCUUGGCUUACAGCCAUGACCAAAAGCUUUACGUCUCCGUUGAGUUUGGAAGGAGAUGGCAGCUUGUGCACGACAGCGUCGUCCCCAACAGAUUCUACUGGUCCAGACUGGGUUUGGACAAAGAGCAAGGAAUGAUUCACCUGGAGAUCAGCGUCUCUGAUGGACGGUCACAGUACAUAACUUGUAAACUUCAGAACUGCUCUGAUGGAAACAAGGGCAAGCCUUUCCCUGGAUUUAUCAUCCCUAAUUCCCUUGUGGUUCAGGAUGAAUACGUUUUCAUCCAGGUGCCAGUAGGUGGCCAGUCUGUCCAUUACGUGUCCUAUAAAAGAAAUGCUUUCUACCCAAUGAGGCUCCCCAAGUACACUCUACCAAAGGACUUGCAGAUAAUCAGCACCGACGACAACCAGGUGGUGGCAGCGAUUCAGGACUGGCACCAGAAUGACUCCUACAACCUGUACAUGUCUGAGUCCAGAGGGUUGUUCUUCACCCUGAUGCUGGAGGACGUUGUGAGCAGCGGCGGUCCGGAGGGCAACAUCAUGAUAGACCUCUAUGAGGUUGCCGGGAUUAAAGGGGUGUUCCUGUCAAAUAAAGUUGUUGAGAACCAAGUGAAAACUUAUAUCACAUACAACAAGGGGAGAGACUGGCGUCUUCUUCAGGCUCCAACAACCGAUCUCCAGGGAAACAAGGUCUAUUGUGAACAACCUUACUGUUCGCUGCAUCUACACCUUCAUGUAUCGGAGAAUCCUUACACCUCGGGAAACAUUGUCAGCAAAGAUUCGGCUCCAGGAAUUAUAAUAGCAUCAGGUGUGGUUGGACCUGAGCUCACCAACACUAAUGUCAGCGUCUUCAUCACAUCGGACGCUGGAAACACCUGGAGAGAGGUUUUUCAGGAAGAGUACAGUGUGUUUUUCCUGAAUCAAGGAGGAUCUCUGGUGGCCAUCCGACACACACCUCUGCCAAUUAGACACAUUUGGCUGAGUUUUGAUGAGGGCAGAAACUGGGACAAAUAUAGCUUCACCUCCUCUCCGCUCUAUGUUGAUGGGGUGCUGGGGGAGCCUGGAGAGGACACCCUCAUAAUGACAAUAUUUGGUCACUUCAGCCAUCGAUCUGAGUGGCAGCUUGUCAAGAUCGACUUCCGGUCCAUUUUCCAACAGCAGUGCACAUCUGAGGAUUAUCUGACGUGGCAGUUACACAAUGAGGGUGAAGUGUGCAUCAUGGGAAUGAAGAGAAUCUUCCAAAAACUGAAAGCAAACGUUCGAUGUGUCAAGGCCAGAGAUCAGUAUAUUUCCCAGAUGUCAGACUCCUGCCCUUGCACAGAGGCAGAUUUUGAGUGUGACUACGGGUUCGAGAGGCAGACUGACGGGAGCUGCACUCCGGCUUUUUGGUUCGUUCCUUCUGCAACGUCUCGAGACUGCAUCACAGGAGACAGCUUCCUCAACACCACGGGAUAUCGCAGGGCUUUGUCUAACAACUGCACCGAGGGAAGCCUGGUGAAGUACAGCCCCAGGCGGCAAAAGUGUCCCAGUCAGGCUCCCAGGGGCCUCCAGCUCUUCACCAGCGAGGGAACUCUGGUCGCAACAUUGGGGAAGAAUGUCACCUUCUUGGUCUUUCUGGAGGAGGGUCUCGGCUCCAUGACAAGUAUAACGGUGGACUUCGGUGAUGGAACUGCCAUAUCGUACGUUAACAUAAGCUCCAUCGAUGACGGGGUCAAGCAUAUCUACAGUAAAGUUGGCAUCUACCAAGUUUCAGCUACAGCGAGCAACAAUCUGGGCCUGGACAGGGUCAUGCUUUACCUCCACAUCUCCUGUCAGCUCGAGCAGGUCCAGCUCUCGGCUCCUUCUGUGGUCGUCAAGAACAAAGCGGUGAACCUCACAACAGCGCUGCGGCCCAGCAACGUGGGAACAGUCACUUAUUUCUGGUGGUUCGAUAACAAAACAGAGCCUUUCGUGACCCUCGACGGAGCGAUAUCCUUCACCUUCUCCAAGGAGGGAAGUCACACAGUCACGGUUCAGGCUUCGGUUGGCAACACCGUCCAUCAGGACCAAAUGAGGGUGGCGGUUUAUGAUUAUUUCCGGUCACAUGUCUUGGCCUUUUCUUCUAAUUUGGACGAGCUGAACCCCGGGGUGUCCGAGUGGAGGGAGGACAUCGGCAGAGUUGUGAAGAGCUGCAUGGUUCAGGUCACAGGAAUCAGCGAGGAUCAACUCCUGGUCACAGUGCUCCCAGGGUUACCAACCACAGCAGAGAUCUUCAUUGUGCCCGAGAAGAGGGCCAGAGACAGAGGCACGGAUGAAAAGUGGGCGCACCUGGAUCAGCUCUCUCAGGUUCUGCUAAGUGCUCUGAACCAAGACCUCAUCCAGUUCACACUCAAACCGGGGGUGCAGGUGAACGUGUACGCCACGCGGCUGUCUCCAGCUCCUCUCGUGGACAGCAGCGACAGUGGACACAGCGGCACUGCAGUCAUCAUGCUCGUGUCCGUCGUGCUGAUGGGCUUGGCCGUCUUUGUAAUAUAUAAAUUUAAAAGGAAGAUCCCAGGCAUGAACACAUACACAGCGGAGCAGCCUGAUAAAGAACAAGAGGUCAUCCCGACUGUGACCUCCAUAGCCGUCCCAAACCCAGAGGGGGACAAGCUGACCUCACUGGAGCAUGUAGACGUACAGCUGGACUCGAAAAGCAGAGGCUACCUGCCAUCUCACACAGACAUCAAGCUCUCUGAUGAAGCGCCCCAUGUGUUUUAA